GCCACAGCAUCACCACCUCCCACCUCUGCAGACAAGAUGCAGCGACUGUGUGUGUACCUGCUGAUCUCUGCGCUGGCCCUGGCCACCUUCUCCGAAGCUUCUUGGAAGCCCCUCUCCCAGCUGCAGGACACACCUGGGGGCCCAGGGGGCAGCAGAGGCCUGGAGCCGCAGUGGCUGGAUCAGCCGGGCCCAGCCUCUCACCACCGAAGGCAGCUGGGACCCCAGGGCUCCCCACACCUGGUGGCAGACCUCUCCAAGAAGCAGGGGCCAUGGCAGGAGGAAGAAGAAGAAGCAUACGGAUGGAUGGACUUCGGCCGCCGCAGUACUGAGGAAGGAGACCCACUUCCCUAGAGGGGAGCUCCAGAGCCCAUACACCCCCAUCCCAGUGCAGCCCAGCCCCAUGGAAAACCAGCCAGA